UGAUUGGUCCACAGUGCGGAAGCGGGUUAUGGCGGCGUAAACACAUGCGUAAACAACAACGCCAAGAUCAGCGCAAGAUACCGCUUAGUGGAGUCGCUAUCGGAAAUAAAACUUUAAAAUAAAUAGAUAUAUUUAUAAAGGGAGCAUGUUUUCGGCACGAGGAGGAUUUCUGCUCGGUGUACCAACUGUUAAAACUCCCGCGGUUCACUAGUUUCUGCUAACUUUUAGCCGUUGUUUGCUAACUUAACGGAAAAGUAGCAACUGUUGGUUAGUUUUGCAGUGAUGGACUGCGUCGUGACGGGUGGAAACGUGAAAGUGCUGGCCAAAGCCAUCCACUCCCUGUCCAGGAUCGGUGAUGAACUCUAUGUUGAGCCUCAGGAUGAUGGGCUGGCCCUGCGGUCUGUGAACUCCUCUCGGUCGGCAUAUGCUUGCUUCCUGUUCGCACCACUCUUCUUCAGCAGGUAUACCAUCCCCAGUGGGCACUCCUUCCGCUGCAAGAUAGCAAUAAGGAGUGUACAGGCAGUGUUCAGGUCACUGGCGACUCUGGAGAAGACGGUGGAAAAGUGUCACAUCGUGCUGGACGAGCAGAAGGACCGUCUGACCUUCACCCUGCACUGCAAACAUGGCCUCCUGAAGACACAUAACCUGUCUUUCCAGGACAGUGAAAGCUUACAGGCAGUGUUUGAUAAAGACAGCUGUGCCAACAUAUUCAGAGCCCAGCCCAGGCUGCUGGUGGACACAGUCGUGCAUUUCCCGCCAUCUCUGGAAGAAGUGACCAUGUCAGUGAACGACGAACGGAUGUGGGUCAGGAACCAUGUGGAGGAAGAAGCAGAGCAGUCUAAGGGCAUGAUGACAGAACUGUGUCUGGCCUCUGACGAGUUUGACCAUUUUGCCGUCAAAGCUCACAACAGCAUCACCUUCUGUCUGAAGGAGCUACGGGGUUUGUUAGUGUUUGCAGAGUCUACAGGUCUCCCUAUUUCUAUAUACUUUGAUGAGCCAGGCAGCCCUGUGGUGCUUUCAGUAACAGACAGUGUCCUGGAGGGGAACUUUGUGCUGGCAACGCUUUCUGAAGAUGCCAACCUCCGUAAAAACAGCACUAAAAGUGUAAGCACACUGCCGCCGCCCCCUCCUGAUGACUUCAUGAAUGACGACAUAGACUCCUACCUCAUCGCCAUGGAUACCAGCAUUGCGCCAGGCCCCUCUGCUUCUGGUCCACCCACACCCCCGUUAGCUGAUUCCACAUGUUUAAAACAGCCUGCUGCAGCCAACCAUAGGACGAGGCUACACAGUGAAGAGGAGGAGGAAGAUGAAACAUCUGAUACUGACAAACCGCCGUACAAGAAGUUCUGUUCCUUGUUCUUCGGAUCGGUGCUUCCCCCGUCUUCUCAGAUGACCACUCAGCCGCUAACGACCCAGGAAGUGCUCGCCAGUGACAGUGAGGAUGACUCGCCAGUAGAGUGACAGCGGACUGAUGGAUGACAGGAGAGAGACGGACUCACCUGAAAGUGGGCGCAUGCGUGUGUGCACUUGUGAAAACUUUGACACCGUACUACCUGGAGUAUUUGAAAACAGAAACCAACACCUUAAACCCUCAUUUUCAAACCUCACUUAUCGGCUUGUACUGUGGAUUUUUUUUUUUUUUUUUUUUAACCUGGGUAACACAGUCUACA